UCCUUUUUACGCACUGUAAUCAAUAUGUCUUAAAAUGAAGUUGGCCUUCACAGGUGAUACUGUCUGAUACUUUCAUUCCGCUGGAGUGUAAGUUGAACCAGGCGCCUUACAUAAGCGUGCCUGACCGGUCUGCUGUGUGCCAGCGCACAGUAAAAGUGGCAAUUUUCCAAAUAAAGUCCUCCUGAACAUCACUUUGAAGUGUUUUGGCUGCCUCUGAGAGACUUACCAGUAGGUUAAAACAGACUGUAGGACUGAUCUUGCUCUUUCUUUCUUUUUCUUUUUUUUUUCGCUUAAGCUGGAUGCAUUCAGGAGUUUCUCAGCCUGUACUUUUCCACUAGUCGCGGCUUUUUCUUGGCAUCGGGCCUCCCUCGGCUCAGGCUCUCCCUCUCGUCUUUUGUGUGCCGAGGGAAUCUGCGUCACUCCCGGUCGUUUUAAUUGAGAAGCAGCCAAAGAGUGAAGCUGAUAGGUCUAGUUAAGAGGCUAUCGGAUUAUUUGUACAGGGCCAAGUUACAAACUCAGGGGGCUUCGAUGGGAAACAGUGCUACAAAAAUAACCAGGAGCUUGGAGAAUCUCUCUCUUGAACACUUUCACUGCUGCUUCUCUUUUUGAAAAAUCUGCAGUUUAUUCUGUAGCUUACUCACAGAAGUUUGAGGGGCACCAUACAUACACCAUGUGGACACAUCUGGAUGUCAUCAGCCUGUAGGAUUUAUUUUCGCAGCUUUGAGUACUGAAAUGGUGCUUUCUGGAUGACAGACAACGCAUGGGAUGUUAAGCAAAGUUGCUAUGGUAUUGCACAAACAAUGAGCAAAUAAUCCAAACCGGCCUUUCUGUGAGUGGUGGUAAAGAACUUUUUUUCUUCCUUUUUCCUGCGUUUUUGACGCAAGCGCUUCACGAGGUGCGGCUAUGACGCGUUGGGGGCGCAACGGCCUCUGAUUGGGCGAGAACGAGAUCGAUCAUCUUCUCUCUGUCCAUUUAGCAGAAAGAAAUGUUUGCAGAGGAUCACGCCCACAGAGAUUGUGGGCGUGUGUGUGUGUGGGCGUCGUCUUCCUCCUCCUCUUCGGCCUGUAAUAAAACCAGAGCCAAAAGCAAGUCGUUUAUAUUUUGCCUUUGGGCUGCUGAUGAGUGCUGAGCUGCAGUUCAACUCAUCACAUCAUGACGAUCAAAACAGAAGCAGAAAAGCCUGUCCUGACUUAUUCGAAGUCCAGAGGGCUAGUGGCAUUAGUGACCGCUUUUAUGAAACAGAGGAGGAUGGGGCUGAACGACUUCAUUCAAAGGCUUGCCACAAACUCCUACGCCUGCAAGCAUCCUGAAGUUCAGUCUAUUCUGAACUUGACUCCUCCUCAGGAUGCUGAGCUCAUGAACACAAACCCUUCUCCUCCUCCCAGUCCAUCCCAACAGAUCAACCUCGGUCCAUCCUCCAACCCCUCAGCCAAACCCAGUGACUUCCACUUCCUCAAGGUGAUCGGCAAGGGCAGUUUCGGCAAGGUGCUGCUUGCACGCCAUCGCGCAGAUGACCAGUUUUAUGCAGUCAAAGUCUUACAGAAAAAGGCAAUCCUCAAGAAGAAGGAGGAGAAACACAUUAUGUCUGAGAGGAAUGUGCUGCUAAAGAAUGUCAAGCACCCGUUCUUGGUGGGCCUGCACUACUCUUUCCAAACAGCAGACAAACUGUACUUCAUCUUGGACUACAUCAAUGGAGGAGAGUUGUUCUAUCACCUACAGAGAGAGCGCUGCUUCCUCGAGCCUAGAGCCAGGUUCUACGCAGCAGAGAUCGCCAGCGCACUGGGUUACCUCCACUCCCUCAACAUUGUCUACAGAGACCUGAAGCCAGAGAACAUCCUGCUGGACUCACAGGGGCACAUCAUUCUUACAGAUUUCGGCUUGUGCAAGGAGAACAUUGAACCCAACGGGACCACGUCGACCUUCUGCGGUACGCCGGAGUAUUUAGCUCCUGAGGUCCUACAUAAGCAACCGUAUGACAGGACAGUAGACUGGUGGUGUUUAGGAGCUGUUCUCUAUGAGAUGCUCUAUGGCUUGCCUCCGUUCUACAGUCGUAAUACAGCAGAAAUGUACGACAACAUCCUGAACAAGCCGCUGCAACUGAAACCCAACAUUUCCAACGCAGCCAGACACCUGCUGGAGGGUCUGCUACAGAAGGACCGGACCAAGAGGCUGGGCUGCACAGAGGACUUUAUUGAAAUUAAGAACCACAUAUUCUUCUCCCCCAUCAACUGGGAUGACCUCAACGCCAAGAAAAUCACCCCUCCGUUUAACCCUAACGUGACGGGACCCAACGACCUACGGCACUUUGAUCCAGAGUUCACAGAUGAGCCGGUGCCCAGCUCAAUUGGCUGUUCCCCCGACAGCGCGCUCGUCACAGCCAGCAUCAAAGAGGCUGCCGAGGCCUUUGUGGGCUUCUCCUACGCCCCGUCUAUGGACUCCUACCUAUAGGAUUUAAACACAGGCACCUAAUAUGGACACCAAUCCAGACUUACAGGACAUAAACUGUGGUGUGUCCAUGGACUUGCAUCUUGACCCCACCUUGCAUUUCCAAUCAGGAUGAUAGACAUUUCUGAACCAACUCCUGCGACAUCUCUGCAUCUGCAAAGAAGUUAUACAUGUGCACUUGCCAUAAUCUCCCCAACUCUUGAAUGCGUUUAGAACAACUUGCUACAAGAGGACAUCUGCCAUAAUUAAAUGAUUUAUUGGGGUUACAAUUCUCCAUCAAGCCCAGAUUUACCAACGCACAAAUUCUUCAACCUUCCGCAACAGACACACAUGCUCUACAAUCUUCAGUUGCCCAUCUCUUACCUGAUAGUGGAGAUCCUUCGCACAUAGCUCAGGCAGCUUAAAAGUCCAACUCGACCGUGAAGCCACAACAGACAAGCACACACCAACUUCGACCUUUUUUCAAAAGAAGAAGGCUGGACUGUACUACACCAACCCGACAAGGAUUUCCAUCUUCAUCUAUGUAGCGAAACAACUUCUCUCUUUUGAGAUUCUGUCUGACCACCACCUUCUUAGUCUGAGUAGCUUGGAGGUUUAUUUUGGUGCUUUAGUUUCUUCUCAUUUACUUACAAAAGGGAGUCAUUUACAGCUGAAUGUUACAGAGGGGGAUUGGUUUUUUUUUUCUCUCAAAUGUGCCUUUUGUUUUUUCUCUCCAUCAGAAAACUCACAUCUUUUGGGUUUGUAUGUGUCAACCUCGGUGUCUCCGCUCCACACCUGAUUGCAGGCUGGAGGAGCCAUUUUUCGAAGUCACCCGAGACAGUGUAGCACUAAAUUAAUAUACUUAUUCUGUCUUUAAUGUGUGAGACGUAGGGACUCAAAUGAUGUUUCAUAUCUUCAUUUGCACAUAGAACAUUAACGGUAAUGCUGAUCGAGAGAAAGGAAGACAGAGCACUGCUGCUAGGUAAGAAAGACGUGUUCAGAAAUGUGUAGUUCUGCUUGCCAGCUGUGUCCCCCUCUUACGGUCUUCCAUUCGCCUCAUAAUAAUGUAACAGCGGCCUUCAGCCGAGCUGACAUCGAAACUGAACAUUCCAUUUUAAUAUUGCUGUAAUGAAGUUUGACGGUAUUUAAGUUUGUUUGUAUAUUUGAAGUCAUGUGUACUAGUUUUAAUGUAUAUUGAACAAAAAUGAUUAAGAGUAUGCUUAAAUAUGUAUAUGUAAUAAUUCAUGUUAAAUGUACUGUAAAUUGUAAAAUUGUUUAAGAUUUAUGUGACCAUGUUCGGUUUGCAAUAAAAGUUUAACUUUA